GCUCGGCGCGCGCGCGCUUCACACCUUCAGGACACAACACAAACAUUUUUAUUUCCCAUUUUAGUUUUUAGUCGUUUUUUGGAAAGUCUUUUUUUUUUUUUUUUUUUGCAAAGUAAGCUGUUUCAGUCUGCGCCUUCAGCUCUUCAGACUCCAGGUGUUUGAGCUCUCAGUCAAGUUGGAUCUCUGGGCAUCAUGAAGGUUCACAGUGCCAGCACAGAGGCUACUGAACACUGAGCCUCAUCUGCUUCUCAUCGCAGUUCAGCAGUGCAUGUGAGCACGGAGUCCCUCUGAGAGUGUGUGUGUGUGUGUGUCAUGGCAUUUACAUUAUCGGAGAUCAUGGCUGCACGACGGCAGUCUCAAAGAGGAGUGAGAGGAGCAGUGGAGGUGGACGAGUACAGCGCAAACCCUACUCAGGCCUUCACCUUCUACAACAUUAACCAGGGACGAUUCCAGCCACCCCACGUCCAUAUGGUUGAUCCAUUACCCCAUGACACCCCUAAGCCACCAGGCUACACUCGCUUUGUGUGUAUCUCGGACACACACUCGCGCACGGACAGUAUUCAGAUGCCGUAUGGAGACGUGUUGCUGCAUGCAGGAGACUUCACUGAGCUCGGCUUACCCAGCGAGGUCAAGAAAUUCAACGACUGGCUCGGCACCCUGCCGUACGAGAUAAAGAUCGUGAUAGCAGGAAACCACGAGCUGACGUUCGAUCAGGAGUUCAUGGCCGAUCUGAUCAAGCAGGACUUCUACUACUUUCCGUCCGCCUCCAAGCUGAAACCUGAGAACUAUGAGAACGUGCAGUCGCUGCUCACCAACUGCAUCUACCUGCAGGACUCGGACGUUACCGUCAGAGGUUUCCGCAUCUAUGGCUCACCCUGGCAGCCGUGGUACUACGGCUGGGGUUUUAAUCUCCCGCGAGGGCAGGCGCUGCUGGACAAGUGGAACCAGAUCCCUGACUCCACUGACAUUCUGCUCACACACUGCCCUCCUCUGGGUUUUCUAGACUGGGUGCCGAGGAAGAUGCAGCGUGUCGGCUGCAUGGAACUGCUGAACACGGUGCAGAGACGAGUCCAACCCAAAUUACACGUUUUCGGACACAUACAUGAAGGUUAUGGAAUGAUGACGGAUGGAACCACUACAUUUGUUAACGCCUCGGCCUGCACAGUCAACUUCCAACCCAUGAACCCGCCCAUCGUCUUUGACCUGCCCAAUCCCAGGAGCUCGUGAUUGAACUCGGCCCCGCCCCACACCUCCCAAAAUCAGGGUUUCAUUUCAGUGUGUAUUAGGGUGCUGUUUUUGUGUACAUAUUACAGAGAGAGAGAGAGAGAGAGAGAGAGAGACUACUCUGGAAGAUUUGAAUCUGUUGUUGUGCCAUGUUCUUUUCUCAAAUCCUGCCUCAUUUUCCGAGCGAUUCUCACGCUUUCAUUGCACUUGAAAUGUUGUGACAAUCCCUCUUGUCUGUUAAUGGUGGACGCGCAUCAUACGGGGCAACCGUCAUACGGACCACAUGAGACACGAAACUCUGGAAAGCCUGUAAGAACGUCUGACUUUUAAUUACUUCGGCUUAAGAGGCUCGUGGUGUGUUGACUGGAUCUGAUCUAAUCUGAUCUGAUCUGAUCUCAUCUCAUGGACGUGUCCCUUUCCAGCCUUGUUGUUCCCGCUCUAGUUCUUCAGUGCUGGACAGAGAGGACCUCUCGUCAGGGUUUGGACUCCAAAUCAGACACUGUUAUAAAAUAUCAUGUACAGUAGCUGUUGUAUAUAUAUAUAAAAAAGUCUCCAUUUUUAAGCUUCUGUUAUUUGUUUUUAUUGUAAAACCAUGUGACGUGGGCGUGUCCUUGAAAUCGUUUCAAAGCACAUAUUUGACUGGAUUUUUUUCUCAUCCGAAAAUGCUCAAAGUGCACUUUUUGCCUCGCGAGUAUCCCUUGCUCUGUAUGUUUGCACCGGUCAUUUUUUAUUUUUUUUCAAACGUUCCUCUUCCUCCUAGCGAUUGUUUACAUCCGUGUGUCCGAAAGAUCCGAUUCUUCUCAUUGUUAUGUUUACAAUUAAAAUAAAGUGGUCUUUUGUUUCUGUCAUAUUAUUAUUAUUUUUCUUUUUACGUGGAUGAAUAAGUCUAUGACUCAGAUGAGCAUGUGUGAGAGAGCAUCAGGUCAUUAAAAACAAAACAAAAAAAAGCGCUUCUAAUGGCCAGAAAAGAAAAAGAUCGAAUAAAGAAAAAGAAGACCGAGAACAACAUUUGGAUGAUUAUGUAAAGGCUUGGAGUCUGAAUCGGUGUGCCAUAUUGUUUUAUUUUUUUGUUUUUUCUUUUUUAAAAACCACAGUGCUGUCGAAUUCUUGAAUCCGAUUGGCCGUUUCCAUAGCAACGGCUACCACAGGGACUUGUACUGUAUGAUGGAUGGAUAUUCUGCUUCAAUGGAUGUGUGUAAUUCUUAAUGUGGUGAAGUUUUCUUUAUCUGAAGAGUCGUUUAUUCAGCGCUUAAAGUCGUCGUCUCUGGUGUUAAUCUGCAUUGUUUUGUCCAAUUAACAUCACCAGAGAGGGGAAAAAACAGAGAGAGGCUGGUGACAGGACGACAGUUUAUAGCUGCUAUAACGGAAGAGCUAAGAGGAAAUCACUUGUUUUGCGGACGUUUACUAAAAAAGAGAUUCGCAGUACAUGUACUUUAAUUAGUAAAAAAAUUCCUGAGCUGGACAAAUUGCUGUGGUGUCGAGUCUCAUCACACCGCCCCAUCACUCAUCAUGUUGUAUUUUAUUCCUUAGAUAUUUAUUUAACAGCACUUUAUUCAUCAUUUUAACAGUCUGUUCAUACUGUUCUGAUAUUUCGAAGACGGACAAACUGCUCUGAUGUGAAUUAUAUGUGAAGAUCUUCUUGUUAGUGUUUUUGUUUUUACACACUCGAUACCAAGAAAACGUUGUAAAAACCUUCCCUUUUUCUGUUUUAUCUGAAAAAAUCAUUUUAUGCAGAAGUAAAGAAAAACCGUAUCCGUGCCAAACGCCGGCGUUUCUCUGAUUCCAGCGAGAUUGAAACAUUUCUCUCACGACGUUUCUGUCGCAAUCAAAAGGAUUUGAAUUUCAUAUCAAUUAUUGGAGAAAACCUCAUUUAUCCAGGCACAAACCAUAUUCUCUCCUUCAUUCGGUCACCUCACUCUUCCACACUUCUGCACAUCCUAAUGAAAUCCUUCGUUCAAAUAAUUACAUCAGUAAUCCUGCGGGAUGGAGUGUAAUUUAUUCCUCGCUGGCUUUUACUAUGCUAUUAAAGA